UCUGACGCUUUCCCGGAAGCGGAAACGGAGCUCUCCUCUCUUCUGACGCUUAGACGGGGCACCGGAAGAAGGCGCUGUGUCGUUUAACGGUGCUGUACGGCGUAGAGCAGGCCGUACCGGUAAUUGGGCAGCGGCUGUGGUGUCUAAAACAGGUUGGGAUUGAGCCUCGCCUACCCUGGCUUGCCAUGCUAACGCAGAACUCUCUGUCCUUGAGAUUUUGAGGUGGAAAGAUGGCCAAGGUGGUUGAUAUCAUUGUGCUGGAUGAUGGCGAUGAUGAUGAAGAAAUACCAUCCUGUUCCCCUAUAGCAUCCUAUUCCCCUAUAGCAUCCUGUUCUUCCCCUAAGGCAUCCUGUUCCCCUAAGGCAUCCUGUUCCCCUAAGGCAUCCUGUUCCCCUAAGGCAUCCUGUUCCCCUAAGGCAUCCUGUUCCCCUAAAGCAAAGGAAAGUCCACCUGAGCCUCCACCAGCAUCUGAGCCGCAGAACAGUGGAAAUAAAGAUGGCGGAAACACCCAUAACAAGGCCUCGAUGAGUGCAGAAAACCAAAAACUUUUUGAGGAGUUUGUGGACUACUGCUCCAAGUUAACCGCCGAACAUCCAGAGGUCAUACCCUUCCUUCAAAAAUGUCACUCCAAGGCCAACGCUAGCUACCUUUCCUCUGUUGAGUUCCGCAACACUUUGGGUCGCUGUCUCGCCCGUGUGCAGGGCAAGCAAACAAAGCUUUAUGUUUACAUCAACGAACUGUGUACUGUGCUCAAGAAUCAUUCCGAGAAGAAAAAAGUCCCCCUGCGAACGCAACCGGCCCCUCCACAGCGUGACAAGACGGAAGCUGGAUUCCCAAAGGAAUGGGUAGAAACUGAAAACUCAAGGGAGGAGGUAGAAACAGAAAAUACAAAUGAGGAGGUACCGGAAAAGAAAGCGGGAUCCAAGCAUCAGAUCCGGCGCCUCGAGAGCCUUUUGCGGCUUUACGCUCAGGAGAUCCAGAAGCUGCAAGAGAAGGAGCUUAGUCUGGAUGAUUUGGAUGAUGAGGACUCGACAUACAUUCAGGAGUCGAGGCUGAAACAGAAAAUGAUACGUAUCUAUGAGAAACUCUGCGAGUUGAAAGACUGCUCUAGCCUCACGGGUCGGGUUAUAGAGCAACGGAUAGAGUACAAGGGCACCCGAUACAAGGAGGUCAAUCGCCGCCUGGAAAAGUUCAUCAAUAACACCAGAGAUGUCUUCCCGGAUUAUGGCGACGUCCUUAAGGUGGUGCAGAAAGCCAAUGAAAGGCAUAACCUGACUCUGACACGCAAGCAAGUGCAAAGCAUAGCACAGGACGCUUUUCGGGACCUUGGGAACAAGCUCAAAGACCGGAGACAUUUAGACUUGGUGUAUAACUUCGGUUCUCACCUGACUGAUCCCUACAAGAGCGGUGAGGACCCUGCUAAACAUGACACAUCCCUGGCCCGACGUCUCUGUGAAAACCGCAACUUGGCUGUAAAUCGCUUGGAAGGUGUCAUCAAAAAGUUUGCAGAAAUGCAGGAUGAAGGGGAUGAUGAGGAUUGGAAGAACAAGAACAAAGACAAUGAAGUGCCGAGUACUUCCAAGGAUGUGAAGGUUUCUCCAAGAAGCAAAAGAGCACAAUCUCACAGUUCUCGUGAAUCUGAGGAAGAUGAAGACGAGGAUGAAGAGUCGGAGGAAUCGGAUGUGGAUAUUGAGGAAGAGCUUAGACAGAGUCAGGAGGCACCUGAUGAUGAAAAUGAAGAAGACAUGAAUGUUGACUACUCGAAUGAAACCGACCAAAAGAUGGAGGAGACCUCCGAUCAACAGAACUCUUCUCCUGCUAGUAAGGACGAGGGGGAGAAUGAAGAGAGUGAUGAUUCUGAUCAGGAUGGAGAUGAAGAGGAUUCGGAUAAGGAAGACGACCAGGAUUUGUCUUCAGGUUCUACAUCUCUCUCAGCUGAGAAGGAAGAUCAGAAUACAAGCUUAGAGGUGGAGACAGCUGAUCCUGCCUCUCCUUGUCUUAGCAAUGAUACUCAAGUGGUCAAACAGUCACAGGAGGAUCACGCAGAGCAAGAAAAGGGCAAUACGACCUCAGGUGUCACUUCUGAGAAGGCAGAUUCUGAAAGUCACAAUGUAGAGCAGUUGGAGAUGAGCGUCGUUGAAGAGGAUUUUGUUUGGGGGAAUGAAAAAAACACGGAGGAAAUAAAUGUGCCUUAUGUGGAGGCAAAAACGCCUUCCAACAAUGAGCAGAGUACAGACACACAAAAUUUAGAAAAGGAUACCAAGAGUCCGACGGUAAAAGGAAAAGAGGGAAAGUUCAACCGUUUGGACAAAUGCAUCAACAAAAUUACAGGCAGUCUUGCUCACAAUUCUAUCAAAGCAGAGAAAGCAUCACCUGUGCGACGCGAGGAAGAACGAUUCAGGCAUUUAAACAACAAAAAGCAACGUUUAGGGGGCACGCCAAGGACUGAGGCGCAGAGCAGUAACGGAAAGCUAGUCUGUGUAGAUACUCCCGGAGAGCGAUGGGACCCCGUACGCAAGAUUGCAUUCAGUCGGUCUUCAGAUAAAAACUCAGAUGUGGUGCACUUGGAUAGUUCCAAAAACAGCACAUUCAGUGAUACCAGCAAUGGAGUCCACAAGGCCAUGGUUUUGUCACCCACUCCCGUAAAUCGCUUAAAACGGAAAAGAGACAUGAGCACCCCUACAGAGACUAAUUUGACAACAAAGUGUGAAGAAGUUGGUUCCAACAGGAGAAAAAGAAAGAACACCUCACAGUUAUGGACUGGGAACGGAGUGGCAAAGCACAAGGGGGAAGACCAAAAACUCAAUGUUGCAAAACUGAGCAGAGUGAGCAAUUCCUAUACAUCCUACUUAAGCCCUUCCGAGCCUUGCAGUGACAAUGAGCACGACAUUACACUAGACUUGAUGGUGACCUGCAGCCCACAGAUGACCCCAAACAGGACACCAUCCCGACAUAAUAAGACUGAUGCUGCCACACAGUGUGACCCAGAUGAGGUGAUCGUUUUGUCCGACUGAAUCCAAUGUGAGAAGAUCGGGGGCCAUGGCAGGCUGCGUGAUGUUUGGAGCUGAUGGACAUUAGAGGAAUAGCAGAGAGUGUUACUUAUAUGGAAGUAGGGUAUGUUUUGUUAGGUGGGGGGGAGUCCAGAGGACGACUCCUGGUAGAUAUGAGUGUGUUACAGAACCUCAGGGGGGGGGUCCAGCGGAUCAGACUUUCUUUUGGGGCGUUAAUAUAAGAUCUUCUGGAGAGGCCAAAUGUGUACCUGUGAGUAGGUCUUACCCUGGAGUAUUUUAUUUUACUCUGGGUAUUUUUAAUAUCGCCUCUCACUUGUUAAUUCUUAUUUUAUAAUAAAAAAUUAAAAAAAAAAAUUUAAACCUCAAAAAAAAAAAAACUUUGAAAUAAAUGUUCAUUUUAUUAUUCUCUGGCUCCUGUAUUUGUAUGCUGGGAGGAUGCAUAGAACUGAAGAGUACUGAUCACGUGUCCUAAUGGCAGGGAUCUUAAAUAUAAUCAUUAAAGUGCAACUAAACUUUCAAACUAUAAAGAUUUGUAAUUUUUAUGUUGCAAACAUUUGUAAAUAGAUACAAAGGUAUAUUAUAUAUUCUUGUUUUUAGACAGUUU